UUGUCAGGAUUGAUUGGUGUUGUUUCUUGGAAGAGGCCCCUUUCACUUGUGAUAACCUUUUUCAUGCUGCUGUCUGCAGUGUGCGUAAUGCUGAACUUGGCUGGUUCCAUUCUUUCUUGUCAGAAUGCUCAGCUGGUAAAGUCCCUGGAAGGAUGUCAGUUGAUUAAAUUUGACAGUGAUGGUGUCUGUGUUUGCUGUGAAAUGCAGCAUCAGACAUCAGGCUGCAGUAACUUGGGAGAAACGCUGAAACUGAACCCUCUGCAGGAGUGUAAUGUUGUGAGGCUGACCCUAAAGGACCUAUUGUUCAGUGUGUGCGCUCUCAAUAUCAUCUCCACUAUUGUCUGUGCUUUGGCAACAGCGAUGUGUUGCAUGCAGAUGGUUUCUUCUGAUCUUCUGCAAAUGUUUCUGCCACAGAGGCCACAUUCUACGAAUCCUGACUGCAUGACUCCACAUGGAACUAUUCUGCAUCAAACCUUGGAUUUUGAUGAGUUCAUACCACCAAUACCACCUCCACCCUACUACCCACCAGAAUAUACCUGCACACCGGUGACAGAGGCACAGAGAGGUCUCCAUUUGGACUUUCCUCAUUCCCCAUUCAGCGCUUUAUAUGAAGUAACCAUUAACAGCCCAGGAAUGCUGUAUCCAACUGAGCUGCCCCCUCCUUAUGAGGCAGUGAUUGGAGAGAUGCCUGCCAGUCAGGUCACUGGUACUCAUGAGCAAGUAUCUGAAUCAAGCUUGGGUGAGAGGAACAUGACCCUGGACUUCAGCACACAAGUUUCUGCUGAGAGCACGUCUUUGAUGGUGUCUGAGGCUGUUGAUAUCCCAGACCAUAGCUGCUCCUCUGAAGAUCUUUGUUCGCUGGAAGGUCACGGAUUUCUCCAUUCUGCAGAUCUUUCUCCCUACUGUACAACCCCCAAAGGGGCUACGGACCAGAGCUGCAGCACUCUGGAUUACAGCACCUGCUGCAGGUUCCACAGAACUCCCUCAGAAGGUUUUCCUGAUGUGGAUGACAGUUCCCACAGCAAAGCCUCUACAGACAGGUCUCCAGGACAGGAAAAGAACUGUGCCCACGGCAGGUCCUUGGAAUGUUCCUCAGAGAAUCUCAGCCCCUCAGAAAGAGAAUUGAAGAGUUCUGCUCAGGAGAGCAAUGCCACACUGCCACUGAAGCAAAAGAAAAUGUGCUGUGCAGACUUUAGCCAGCCUCCUGUUGCUUCCCAGACCUCUCCAUGUUUUGGGCCUGCAACUACUUCAUCGUACGCGAGCAGCCACGAGAGUGGUGUCCAGCAGCAUAACAUUACAAAACACCGAAUUUCAAAUAUAGUCCGAUCAACUAGUGACCCUGUAUCGUGUUCGUCUUAUACAGAAGGUGAUAAUUGUGCCUGGACUCCUAUAUGUAGCCAGUGUCAAGAUGCAGGAUUAUCUCCAGCUACAUUAGAAGCAGUUCCUGUUUCUGGUUCUCAUGUGGCUGCCUCUGCUUGUCAGCAUUCUUUGAGCAGUGUCCUACCAACUGGAAAACAGAGGGAUACAAGGAAAACUGAUCUACGCCUAAAGCCAAAGGCUUUGCACACAGUCUCAAAAGAGCGACCACACUCUUUAGUGGACCUUAAGGCCUAUAAAGACACAAAAAUUUUAGUGGCAAAAUUUUUGGAACAUUCAAACUGUAAUCUUCCUCCAGAAGUACGUCAUGUAGUGAACAGCAUACGAUCAGUAAUAAAAUCUGAUGAGAGACACAUGGAAGAAGCCAUCUUCAGUGCCAAUAUUAUAGACCAGGUCAUUACAAGUUCCCAGCAGAAUGCGAAUACCUCUAGAAAGCGACUUCAAGAAGAUCUUCAUCUCCAGAGCUGUGGUGCUCUGAGCUCUCCAGUUGCCUUCUUACGUAGGUCCCAGAUCACUUGCAGCUCAGAGCGGGACAGGCCUCACAGUUUAAUUGGAGUUUGCCGGGAGACCAUCCUUUGAUAAUAUUCACAGGUAUGUGAUCCCAGCAGAGACAAUUAAGGAAGAAACCAGGACUGGGAGAAAUACAAGUAGUGGAUGACUUAAAAAAGGAAAAGUCUCUUCCUUUGGAAUUCCACUUUUUUUCCAACAGCAGGAGGAGAACACCUGUUUUUCUGAAUGUAAAUUUCAGCCCUGAUUUUUGCAAAAUUUUAACUGAUUUAUUAGUAAAGUCGUAACAAAUGUUUUCUCAACCAGAAAGGCAUUUAUUUCACUGUACUUAUUGAAAUACUACUGAUGCUGCCUAGCAUUUCUUGAAAACCAUUGCAAAACCGCCAGAGACCGGCUGUACAACUGAAAAGUUUUGUUUAUUUUAUGUACCUCAAAGUGUUUUAACUAUGAUCAGUGUUUUAAUAAAAAGUAUUUCUGGACUUUGCUUUUUCAAUAACUGAUUUGGAUAGAAAUGUAAAGGUGA